UGAAAUCAGCCAAUGGCAGGCAUUGGCUGGAACUUCCUCUCCGCCCCUUUCGUCCGGCCUGCGAGAGCUACGAGGGAAGCUAGGCGGCGGCGAGUAGCGGCGAAGUUGCUUCAGAAGGAGCUAAGAUGACCGGUUCUAACGAGUUCAAGCUGAACCAGCCACCCGAGGACGGCAUCUCCUCGGUGAAGUUCAGCCCGAACACCUCCCAGUUCCUGUUGGUCUCCUCCUGGGACACGUCCGUGCGCCUUUACGAUGUGCCGGCCAAUUCCAUGCGGCUCAAGUACCAGCACACCGGCGCCGUCCUGGACUGCGCUUUCUACGAUCCAACACAUGCCUGGAGUGGGGGAUUAGACCAUCAAUUGAAAAUGCAUGAUUUGAACACUGAUCAAGAAAAUCUUGUUGGAACCCAUGAUGCCCCUAUCAGAUGUGUUGAAUAUUGUCCAGAAGUGAAUGUGAUGGUUACUGGGAGUUGGGAUCAGACAGUUAAAUUGUGGGAUCCCAGAACCCCUUGUAACGCUGGGACCUUCUCUCAGCCUGAAAAGGUGUAUACCCUCUCAGUGUCUGGAGACCGGCUGAUUGUGGGCACCGCAGGCCGCAGAGUGUUGGUGUGGGACUUACGGAACAUGGGCUACGUGCAGCAGCGCCGGGAGUCCAGCCUCAAGUACCAGACUCGCUGCAUACGAGCAUUUCCAAACAAGCAGGGUUAUGUAUUAAGCUCUAUUGAAGGCCGAGUGGCAGUUGAGUACUUGGACCCAAGCCCUGAGGUACAGAAGAAGAAGUAUGCCUUCAAGUGUCACAGACUGAAAGAAAAUAAUAUUGAGCAAAUUUACCCAGUCAACGCCAUUUCGUUUCACAACAUCCACAAUACCUUUGCCACAGGUGGUUCUGAUGGAUUUGUAAAUAUUUGGGAUCCAUUUAACAAAAAGCGGCUGUGCCAGUUCCAUCGGUACCCCACCAGCAUUGCGUCACUCGCCUUCAGUAAUGAUGGGACUACACUUGCAAUAGCAUCAUCGUAUAUGUAUGAAAUGGAUGACACGGAACAUCCCGAAGAUGGUAUCUUCAUUCGCCAAGUGACAGAUGCAGAAACAAAACCCAAGGCCCUAGGACUUGGAAGAGGUUCGGAGGGACAUGUCCAAGGGGCCCAGGGAGGCAGAUCAGGCUCAGGGUGCUGGUUUCCUACCCAGCACCCUGUCCUCCUUGCCCACCACCUCCACGCUUCCUGAGGACAGGUGCUUGUGAUGAGCACACCCACGGUGCGGGCUGUCUGUCCUUUUCUCUUCUUACUGUCAUUCAUGAGAGCUGCACCAGGAAGGAAUGCAUGUGGACCAUGGAACCUCCAAAACGACAGAGGAUUCAGACGUGGUGUGUAAGUAGGAACAUCAUUCCUGCCCUGCUGAGAGGCAACCGUGAUUUACAUGUAAGAAUAUGGACUUGGCCACAAGGAACCUGAGCGGGGAGCUCUGUGGCCUUGGGCUGGUUUGGGCUUCCUCACCGCUAACAUGGGGAUGUUGCAGUUGUGGAUGCGGCUCAAAGUCCACAGCACAGGGAAUGGCAUUUUUUAUUGCUCUGGUUGUGCCUGUCCUGGGGAAGGGGGCUGGUCCUCACUGCAGGGAAGCUCCUUGAGGGGUCCUGGGGCAGGGUCCUCAGGAUGAUUCUGCAGUACCCCUGACUCUGGUGUCUUCUUUAAAGUGGCCUCUUCAGUUCCUUCUUUGGCCAUUUUCUAAGAAUCUGACCAAUACCAGUUCCUUUCUGAAUUUAACUUGCUCUAAAGCCAAAUCAACUCAGAUGAAGCGACCAGGAUCGGUGCAUUUUCUUCUCUUGGUUCCCCAUAUGAAUGAAGGUUAUCGUUGCAAGAAGGUGGGACAGUCAUAUUUUAUUCACUGCUUUGAUGCUGAAUCUUGACAAAUAUUAAAAGUGAAGAGUGUACGGGGAGGGGAUCCCAACCCAAGCCAGGAAGCUUUUGAGUGGCUAGAAAAAUCAUUGCAUUAAGCCAUAAUAAACAUCAGUCUGCAGGUAUGUUAUAGUUUUAUGUUUUUUAGAGAACAUUUCUACCUGUAACUGCUUUUGUAUUGGAGUAGGAAAGCUGGACCCAAAUCUGAAAACCUUUCAUCUGUUAGCCCUAAUACAUACUCACAAGUACAUCGCAGUCUUGGGGAAGUACAAUUAAAAGGCGUAAUCCUUUUUUCAAGUCCUCAGGUUUAAUUUUCAUGAUUACGGUAGAUUAUGAGGCAUUCUGCGUCUCGGUCUCCAAGAGAGACAGCGCCUUCUCUUCAGUCCCUUUCAACAGUUGUUUAUGGCAGUUUCAGCCUCUUUCUGCCUCUCGGAGGCUCUUUAUUUUUAAAGCAAGGCAGACAAGGCCUAAAAUUAUUCCAUUAAAGAGGGGCAAUUUUUGUAAUGGGACUUAGAGUGCUUUGCAGAAGUGCAGGCAAGUUUCUUCAAUAUCCUGAGCAUUAUUCGCUCAUUUAGUUAAAUGAUGUUUCUAAUUCCCUGGUAAUUACGUGUAAUGAGGCACUUUUUCUCUUCUUGAUGAGACUUUAGCCUAAUAUGAGAUGGCGUAUUUUUUUCUUUUUUUUUUUUUCCAUGGGGAUAAUUACCCCUUCCCAGGAAAAGCAGGGUUUGUUGCACAGAAUAUAGCAAAUUAUUUUAUUUCCUGCCAUCUUGACUGCCAGUAAAUUAUAAAAUUAAGUUUCAGUGGUGCAUUAGCACCAUUUUGGAAAAAGCUCCAGACUAUUUUUUUCUUUUCUUUCUUUCUUUCUUUUUUCUUUUCUUUUCUUUUUUUUUUUUUUAAAUUCAUGUACUGCUGUCCUCUGGGAUUGUAGAGGCUAUUAUUCAUAGAAUAGAUGUUUUUCUGCCAAUUCCUAGUAUUCAGAUGUAUUGAAGCAGCAACAUAGGUUUAAUUUUUCUGGCUGAUAUCCAACGUAGAAUGUUCUUGUAAGCGUCUUUGUGUUCGAAUAAUUAUCAUCACAAAGUUAAGUAAUAUGUCCCUUCUUUCUCUGCUCUCCCCUCACUCCUCCUUUGGAUGUCAAAUUACCUUUUUUUUGUGCAGUGCUUCAAUUAGAUGCAAGGCAACUAAAUUUGUAUCACAUGAAAGUG